UGCGGUGAGAGAGCAUCUUCCAGCAUGGCGGUCCUAUCCCGAGGGUUGUCGUUAAACCUGCCGUUCGGCUUAUUAUUCCUGGCUUUGCUGCUGUGUCUCCAGCUGGGCGGAUGCCAGAAGAAAAAGGAGAACCUGCUGGUGGAGAAGGUGGAGCAGAUGAUGGAGUGGAGCUCCCGCCGCUCCGUGAUCCGUAUGAACGGGGAGAAGUUCCGCCGCUUUGUGAAGGCUCCGCCCCGGAACUACUCAGUCAUCGUCAUGUUCACGGCUUUGCAGCCCCAGAGACAGUGCUCCGUGUGCAGACAGGCUAAUGAGGAGUAUCAGGUGUUGGCUAACUCUUGGCGCUACUCAUCAUCUUUCUCUAACAAACUCUUCUUCACUGUGGUCGACUAUGAUGAAGGGGCAGACGUGUUCCAGCAGUUGAACAUGAACUCCGCCCCAACCUUCAUGCACUUCCCUGCUAAGGGGAAGCCCAAGCGUGCCGACACCUUUGACCUUCAGAGGAUCGGCUUUGCGUCUGAGCAGCUAGCUAAGUGGAUCGCCGACCGCACGGAUGUCCAGAUCCGGGUGUUUCGCCCCCCCAACUACUCGGGGACAAUCGCCCUUGCCCUGCUGGUGUCCCUGGUGGGCGGCCUCCUCUACCUGCGCAGAAACAACCUGGAGUUCAUCUACAACAAAACCGGCUGGGCCAUGGCUGCUCUGUGUGUCGUGUUCGCCAUGACCUCGGGCCAGAUGUGGAACCACAUCCGCGGGCCACCUUACGCCCACAAGAACCCGCAGAACGGCCAAGUGAGUUACAUCCAUGGAAGCAGCCAGGCUCAAUUUGUGGCUGAAUCCCACAUCAUCCUCCUGCUUAAUGCUGCCAUCACCAUGGGGAUGGUGUUGCUCAAUGAAGCCGCCACCUCCAAGGGAGACGUGGGAAAAAGGAGGAUUAUCUGUUUGGUGGGACUGGGUUUGGUGGUCUUCUUCUUCAGUUUCCUGUUGUCCAUCUUCCGAUCGAAGUAUCAUGGCUACCCAUACAGCUUCCUCAUCAAAUAAGACCAGCUGGACUCUGGGAGUUUCAUACAUCACCUGUGCAUAUACACACACACGCACACACACACAUACACACACACAAACAAACAAACACACUGUUAUCUGUGCUGUAUCUGACUGAAGAUAAAUAAAACUGAACAUUACUGGUGACCGAA